UUGUUGCAUGCAUGGGCGGAAACUAUAUUCAGUUUGAAAUCACACGAAACGGCGGCAUCGAUGGGCGGAUGUGAAUUUGUGGAUUUGAUUGAACUUCAUUUGUACAAAGAAAGUGAUGAUGGUGACGUGAGAACGAUUGUGGAUUGCGAGGUGCUGUGUGGCAGUGCUGAUGAACACUCAACAAUGGUCAUUGAAUUGUUAGUAUCACCAAAAAGUGAUAUCGUUCUGCUAAACAACGAUGCGAUCGUUGAUGGCUAUCGACUCGUCGACUUGAAAGUGGGCACUGAUUUGGAAUUGAAACAAGAGGUGUAUCGGAACUAUGCGUCUGUUUUCUCACAGGAUGAUGCGAUAACGGCAAAAUUGAGUUGGCAGCGUGUCGAAGAUCAACCGACAACAGUUUCUGCGAAUUUCUCGAGUCCUUUCGUUGAUGCCGAAUGGACCGAUCCGUUGGGUCGACUCGUCAAAGCGUCAACCGUUCCAUCGUAUGAUUCCAUUUAUGGAUCGCAAAUUGUCACUCUGCUAGCCAACGAAACGCUUACGCCAUCGAUUGGUGAAUGGCAGUUGAAUAUUUGGGCAGCAGCUGUUUUGGGAGGACCACCUGUUUCUGCUGGGAACAACCACAAAGCAAAGACGGCAAGAACACAUUUAGCUUCAGUCAAUUUUGUCACAUUCCCGUCAGAUGGUCGCGAUUUGAACAAGAGUUUAAUUAGGAAAUAUUUCACGGUGAUGGAUGCAUGUACUGUGAAUACAACAGCAAAACCAGAUGGCGUGCUUUUGAACAGUUCAGCGAAUUGCUCGCAAACACUGUGGAGUCAUCACUCGCCGGAUCCGAAAUCCGAAUUUAACUUUUACAGAUUUUUAGCGGAUAAAACGGAUCGUUGA